AUGCUGAUGCUGGGGAAACAGGGCGGCGACACCCACCAACAGGCCGUCCCCCGGCCCCGCACCGACCGCGUUGUUCCCAAGCCCGUCCCGGAGGCCCAGUCCAGGGAUCCCCGCGGCUACCAGCUCGGCCAGCUGCGCAAGCGGUACUCGCCCCGCGAGUCCACCGCCGCCGACGGCACCACCGUCCUCCUCUUCCGCAUCAAGCCCUCCGAUCCGGACUUCCCCUUUGAGCUGGAGCACCUCCAGUGUGAGCUGCGUGUGCCUGAGGACUACCCCGACGCCGCCCCCGUGCUGCGCGUGCAGAACAGCGACAUCCCGCGCGGCUUCGGCAUCAACAUCGAACGCGGGUGGGAGAAGCUCGUCCGUGAGCGCCAGGGCGCCACCCUGCUCGCCCUCACCCACGCUCUCGACAAGAACCUCGAGAGCUUCUUGUCUGAGCAGGAAGCCGCCACCGUGAAGCUGGUAUCCUUCAAGGAGACGAAAGACACCCGUCACCUCGCAGUCGCCGCCGCCCCUGCCUCGUCCGCAGUGUCGGCCGCCUUGGUCGCCAAGCCACCAUCCCCGGCUCCCCCCAGACACUACGCGCCCGAGGAGUACUUCACGGAAGAAGAGAUGGCGGCCGCCAAAGCCCGGCGCGCGCAGGAGACACGCCAGCUCGAGACUCGCAUGGGCCGCCUGUCUCUGUACCGCCGCUCCCCGGACGGCAUCGUCUACACCCUCCCUCUCGAGCCCCGCCGCCGCGGCGAGCUGCCCGCCGGCCUCCAAGGCGUCAAGACGGUGCACCUCAUCGUGCCCCUACUCUACCCGCUGCAACCGCUACGCAUCCAGCUCAACGAGUGCGACUCGCAAGACGCCGAGCCCCUCGAGGAGCUCUACGUGCGGAAGGCGGCGGAACAGAAGCAGAUGACACUCACGAGUCACCUGAACUACCUGGCGCAGAACAUGCACGUUCUCGCGAAGCAGGCCUUGGCGCCGCCAAAGCCCGAUGCCCGGGCGAAGCCGACGCCGGUUUCCGAGACGGACCCGAAGGCGAAGGCGAAGGCGAAGGCGAAGGCGUCGGCCGUUCCGGACGAGGAUCGCAGCCACAUCAAGGUCAUCCCCAGGCCCCCGGAAUGGGGUCGUGUCGGCGGCGCGGACGAUGACGACGACAGCGACACGUCGGACAGCUACGACUCGGACGACAACGAAGGCGGCGCCGACCUGGGCGCCGAGCCGCCCGGCCUCGGCUCCGGUCUCACCGCCGAGCGGGGCACGUCCAUCUCGUUCCCGACAAUCGAGCUCCACGGCAUCGAGCUCUUCCAGGUGUCGAUCCUCAACCUCGGCGUCAAGUGCGGCCGGUGCAAGACGGUCAACGAGAUCACGGGCCUCCGGCACGAGGCGGCGCAGACGUCGAGCUGCCGCAAGUGCGCGACGGGCUUCGAGGCGCAGUUCCGGCAGCAGCUCGUGCACGCGCACUCGACGCGCGCGGGCUUCGUCGACCUCGCGGGCUGCACCGUCGCCGACAUGCUGCCCAGCACCUUCGUCCCCGUCUGCGCCAAGUGCUCGACGCCCAGCCAGGGCCUCGUGUCGGUGCGCGGCGACGCCACCACCAACGUCUGCCGCACCUGCCACGGCCGGUUCACGUUCAAGAUCCCCGCGGUCAAGUUCCUGGCCAUCACGUCGCCGGGCGGUGCCGGCGCGGCGCCGACGUCGGGGCCCGUCAAGCGGGCCGAGAAGCUCGGGCUGCACGCGGGCACGCCGCUGCCGGAGCGCGGCGCGUGCGCGCACUACAAGAAGAGCUACCGGUGGUUCCGCUUCUCGUGCUGCGCGCGGGUGCACCCGUGCGACCGGUGCCACGACGAGGCCGAGAACCACGUCAACGAGUGGGCGAGCCGGAUGGUGUGCGGGUGGUGCAGCCGCGAGCAGCGGUACUCGCCCGAGGCGUGCGGGUUCUGCGGCAGGAGCGUCAUCGGGCGCAAGGGGAGGGGGUUCUGGGAGGGCGGCAAGGGCACGCGGGACCGCAAGCUGAUGAGCCGCAAGGACCCGAGGAAGUUCAAGAGGGUCGGCGGCGGCGAGUCGUCGAAGAAGGAUUAA